GUUAUCCACCGCUGCCCGUAAGGGGGGAAGGGAAGAAGAGCGAUCGCGAGUUUGAGAGAGAGAGGGAGAGAGAGAGAUCGAUCGAUCGAUCGAUCAAUCGGAAAGAAAAAGGUCAGUGAACGAGUGAUUAUCGGAGAAAUUUCAUCUUUUGAUUCUGCCCUUAACCUUGUUUUGAGCUGUAGUUUGCAAACGAAUCGGAUCGACAGGGAUGGAGGCAACGAGGUGCUGUCGGUUUCAUGUGCAGGGGAGGACGAGAGUUACUUUUGUGAGAGAUUUGUAAGGGAGUGUUGUUGUCGUGGUCGUGGUCGUGGUCGUGGUGAGAGCUUCGAGCGUCCGAGCUGAGGGAAGAGAGGUCUGUGUUUUUUGAGAGUCUUAGGUUUCUCAUACAGCUUUCCUGUCGCUGCCUGCGCUGGUGCCUCAAUGGAGCGGAAGCUUGUGGUUUUGGGGAUCCCCUGGGAUGUUGAUACAGAAGGUUUGAGGGAAUACAUGUGCAAGUUUGGGGAAUUGGAGGAUUGUAUCGUUAUGAAGGAGCGGUCUACGGGAAGGUCUCGUGGUUUCGGAUAUGUGACAUUUGCAACCGAUGAAGAUGCUAAAAAUGCAUUAUCCAGUGAGCACUUUCUUGGGAGCAGAAUGCUGGAAGUCAAAGUAGCCACUCCUAAGGAGGAGAUGAGACAACCUCCAAGGAAAGUUACCAGGAUAUUUGUGGCUAGGAUCCCAUUAUCUGUUAGUGAAGCGACCUUCAGGAGCCAUUUUGAGAAAUAUGGCGAGAUCACAGACUUAUAUAUGCCAAAGGACCACUCCACUAGAACCCAUCGUGGCAUUGGGUUUAUCACUUACGCAAGUGCAGAUUCUGUGGACAAUUUAAUGGGUGAAACACAUGAGUUAGGAGGUUCUACAGUAGUUGUUGAUCGAGCAACACCAAAGGAGGAUGACUUCAGGCCAAUUGGAAGAAUGGCUCAGGGUGGUUAUGGUGCAUACAAUGCCUAUAUAUCUGCUGCAACCCGAUAUGCUGCCCUCGGUACCCCGACGUUAUAUGAUCAUCAUGCCAGCUCAAUCUACGGAAGAGGAGAACCUGCUCGUGGGUUGGGCAGGAAGAUAUUUGUGGGAAGGCUUCCCCAAGAGGCAACGGUUGAAGAUCUUCGGCAGUAUUUUGGUAGAUUUGGUCGUAUAUUGGAUGUUUAUGUUCCGAAGGAUCCUAAAAGGAGUGGCCACAGAGGUUUUGGGUUUGUGACAUUCGCUGAGGAUGGAGUGGCAGAACGUGUAUCUCGAAGAUCCCAUGAGAUUUGUGGGCAACAGGUAGCAAUAGAUUCGGCUACACCUAUCGAUGAUGCUGGCACCAGUGGAGGCUUUAUGAUGGGCCCCGAGGCCUUUGGGGGCUAUGGUGGUCCAAUGCGCAGCUAUGGCAGGAUGUAUGGGAGCUUGGAUUUCAACGAUUGGGGCUAUGGUAUCAGUGGUGGGGGCAGACCUUCAAGGGCGGAUAUGAGGUACCGGCCGUACUAGGCAGAUUGCUUGAUUCCGGGGUUGGGUUUCCGAUGGGAAUGCGGUUUUACGGGUGGCCAAGCCAGUAGAAACAGUUAGCGGUGAUAUUUGUUGAGACUUAAGUUACUCCUUGAGAUGUGUAAGGUUAUUAGCGACUCCGUAAACGUAAUCCAUGUCUAAUAAUUAUGUUCACAGUUCAGUGACAUUAGAUGAUGAGUCAGAAUAUUGUAAGAUGCUGAUGUUGAUUGCUUUUAGUGGUGAGAUGGCUUCCAGAGUUUCGAACUUUAAAGCUGACAAUUAUCAAUGCACGAGUAGAGAGGAUUGCUACAUUUUCAUGUCA